UACGACCAGAUUUACGACACUGCAUCCGCUGUAACACUUGACUCAUCCCACCGUGUUGCAGCAUGGAACGCACUUUGUGCCCUCGUUGACCGCUGCAGCACGUCCCACAAUGCCUCGGUUUCUCGGUUGAUUUGGAAGGCUGGCUGGUGGCGUCAAGUGUUCGAUCUGUAUCUGAAACAAGCGAACCUUGCCCGGCCAAAGUCUUCUAGACAACUUCUGGUGACCUUGACCACUGUCCUGCGUACCGCCAGCGAAAUCGACACGCACGCAACCAAAGGCGACCUUGUUGCUUCGCUUGUUCGACCUCUUGUUGAGCAAGGCGACCCUGGCGUGGUCAAGGCCGCUGUAUUGGCGUUGGCUCACUUCCUAAGCAAAGGCGUCUUGCAAGUGGAAAACCUGUUUGAAUAUCAACGUGGCAACUCGACAAGCGAUCAAAAGCUUGACGAGAUCAACAGUAUCGACGACCUGCUCUAUACACUCUUCGUUUGGGUGGGCAGAGCUGACUUCAGUUCCGCCAUCUGCCAACUUUUAGGCGUAAUACUCAACCUAGCGGCUCCAACCAUUCAUAACAAACGUUGCCUCCGCCCUUCUGUUCAGUCCAUUUGGUCAGCACCGUUACUCCGAGCGUUCCAAGACGGCCGGGUUGACGGCUCCAGCUUGCGUGACUAUGUGCUUCCGCUCAUGUGCAGUCGGAAUGCCUCUGAGUUCGCGCAUUUUAUACAAAGCAUUGGCGUGCAGAAGCUCUUUGAUCACCAGCUGGCUCCCCUACCUCGGAGCAAUGGACUGGACGAGCAGAGCAUCGAGUUGAUCUGUGCUGCCCUGCAGGCUGGGAAGGAUGCUGACCUGAUCAGUUCAACAUCAGACCCUCGCGUCAUCGUUGACAGUGACAGUUUAGUGCUGCCUAUACGAGGAAUCAAGCGUCUCAUGAUAUCCCGAUCACGGAUCGUCCGACUAACGGGCCUGCACCUGCUCACUGUCUCGAGUGUUUCUACACGACCAAUGGAGCCUUGGACGUUAGCAGGCCUCAAGCGGCAUCUAAGCCAUUACUUCGCAGAUACCGAUGCAAACUUUCGAAGCGAGGUUUUCGGUCUUCUUCGACGACUCGUGGAUCGAAUCAGGGCUGUGACAGCGGCUGCCGCAAGGUCCACAAAGCUUCCAUCUCGGGAUACAGAUGUGCUAUGUUCGAGUAUUCUACGCUCCCAUCAAGCAUUCCUCAAGUGGCUUUUGCUCUCACUACCAUGGGAGCUGAGAUCAACAGCAAGCUACCAACGCCACAUCUCUGCACUCAAGAUCAUUGGUAUCCUUGCUAGGUCUGGACUCGACAACCGGGUAGAUACCGGCCUUUUGUCGAAAACGGCGCUUGGGGAGACCAAGUGGGCAUUCCAUGUACCAGUGCUGACCAACGAUCUGCGAAGACUUCUUCUCGAUCUGGUAAUUGACCCAUUUGACGACGUUCGACAAAAUGCAGUGUCAAUACUGUCUAUGUAUCCAGCUAGUGACAUCGCUACAAGAAGAGACAUCGCAACAGCACUGAGUCGUGGGGAAGCCUUGAUGAUGGCCACCGGCCGAGCUGACCAGGCCAAUGGCGUCGCUCAUAUGCAUGCACUACUGUACAGCUUUUCGCCUGGUGAGGGCACGAUAUUGUCAGGCAUGGCUGAAGCUCUAGAACGUAUGUUGGCGAUCGCACAAGAAGACCUUGCUGUAGCAGUGAACAAGCAGCCAGUACAUGGCCUACUAGAAGGCGUUCGACUCAUUGUGCAGAAGCACGGCACGCCGAUACUGCAGGAGGAUUAUCUCGUUGAUCGUCUGAUCAAUUGUCUGUACACCAUUUGGGACGUGGUCAAGCCGACUUUGUGCAACGACGCGCCUGAAGGCUACCUUCCUGAAGAAAUGGAAGAAGCAGCGGAAAUCUCCACCAAGGACACAUUGAGUUACUGCUGGCGCGCGCUGAAGGAAGCCAGCCUCCUCCUCGGGGCAAUUUUCGGAAUACUGCCCGCAGAAACCGCCUCAGAUAGGGAGCGUCUGGCCGAGCUGUGCUUCAUUCAGCUAGCGGAGCUGCGGCACCGCGGCGCUUUCUCGACAGUAGCCCAGACCUGGACUAUGUGCUGUCUCAGAACUGCCGCCUGCUCCAGCUUAAGCGACCAGAGCAUGCUGCAGACGUGGUAUCUCCGGGUUGUUGAGAUGCUAUGCAACAACACGACAAUCAACACCAGGCGCUCAGCUGGCCUACCAGCCCUUCUGUGUGGAGUACUGGUAGCAUUCGCGUCGAAGCACAGCGUCGACCGAGCCUUUACCGACCUCGAAGCGGUCGCUCGCGAAUCGGUUGACCCAGCUCGCGCGCAGGAAGGUAGCCUCCCGCAAGUGCACGCCAUUAAUUGCAUAAGAGAAGUCCUGAAGAACAGCAGACUAGGUGAGGCAUCUGAGCAUUGCGUGCCAGCUGCCACCGAGCUCGCGGCGUUUGCACUGCAGUCUGAAGCAUGGGCGGUUCGCAACUGCGGCUUGAUGUUGUUCCGUGCUGCCAUUGAUCGUCUUUUGGGCACCAGCGAUGCGUACUUGGAGGACGACUUGGCCGUACGUAAGAGGCUAUCUACUGAGCAGUCACUGCGUCUCCUGCCGGUAGUGCUGAAGCUUCUAAACUCCGAGGAACCACCCAUGUCGGAUGUUAUGCGAAGCGAACAGCGGCUCGAAGGCGUCUUCCCUGCACUCCAGCUGCUCCCACGGCUGUCGGUGACUGACGAGCAGCAUGCGAUCCUUCUUCAGUUGGUUCGGAAAUUGAUGGCCAGCCCGGUGUGGCACGUACGGGACAAGGCUGCGCGGGCUUUUGCAUCUCUUGUACCACGCGAACAUGUCGUACAAUCCGUACGUGACCUGUUGCAGACCACCAUCGCAUCGCAGAAUGCUCUGCAUGGAUCUCUGUUAGGCGCGAAGUACCUUGUUCACAGCUUCUCCGGAGGCACAACUCGCUCAAACUUGGCAAGGGAGGGCUCUUUUACAUCCCCUCAGUGCGACCGAUACGAGUGCUGGGCGAUCAUAAAUGCAGCGAAGACGGUGUAUGUGGACAACCCGUGUUCAGUCACAAAAGCCGCCUAUGUGGAUCUUUCUACGGAGUGCGCUCUAGCCUUGCGGUUGGCGUCGGAUCAACACGUCGGGCUGCCUACCGACUGCUCGCCUGGGUCGCAACGUCAGCUCUCUUUUACUGGCGCUGACGCUAUGCUCCGGUGCUCCCUCGCUCGAGCCUUGAUACUCCCGCUUUUGACAAGCCUGGAUUCUUCAAGGAAGGAGUUUACAAGUGUCACUGAAGUCCUGUCGGAGACGUCGAGAAUGGACGCCGAUGCCUGUAUCGCGUUCAUGGCACAAGCGAAGACUUUCAUAACGACAACAGCGGGUGUUGCACAGAAUGCCCUAAACACCUUAGUUGCCGUGUGCCAGCGCCUCCUUGCGAUCACAGAUGUUAACACGCGGCUUCUGUGCGAUGCAGAAGAGCUUUUGCUGGUUAUCGCUUCAGCAAACAGGCAGACCGGGCAAUCCUGGAGUGCCUUGACAGACUUUUCAGCUGACCACUUGAGGAGCCUGCCACUCACGUCGCGGAAUGCUAAUCAGCGGUUUGCGGACCUCGAUCUGCAACUAGCGGCGGCUUGCCUUGAGCACCUAGCAUGCAGUUCGACCUCACCCACCGUGGAAGCCAUCGCGGCGAUUAAGCAGUGGCAAAUUAUAUGCGAGCGCAGCAUCAACGGUCUCGGUCUGUGUACGGUGGAAGCUGUUGCACGGGCAGUCAACCUUUUGAACGUCGUCUGGCUGCAGAUUGCGACCGAGGCCCAGCUCGUGAACGUCUUCCGCAAUAUGUGCGUGAUGGUCUACGACCUGCUCGACGACGACGACGAAGACGUGCGAGACCUAGCUUCCCAAUCGGCGGGUCGGAUACUCGACACCCAGGGCGGCAGGAGUAUCAGGCACGAGCUCAAUCCGAUUGUUGCAAGCCAGAAGCUUCUAGGCUUCAUGAGCCGAAAGUGGGCAAGUGACUCUGCGUUCGUUCAAAUCACCCUCUCUCGGGCUUUUGGACCAUCGGAUGCGUUAGGCAUCACAGAGCGCAUGCGCAGAUGUCUCACCAAGGACACAGCCCUGUUCAUGGAAGAGAAGCAAAACUUAUACAUCGACGAGACACGGGAGGUUCGGGCGUGGUCACAGGUCGCCAUGCGUCUGUCACCAGCAGCUGUCUCAAAGGCCGCACUUGCCCAGCUCUGCACACGGGUAGAAGAAGGUCUCGCGGCGCUCACGCUUGAGCUUCGUACUACACCUGAUGGUCCACUUGGCUGGACGACUAAGCCGGAGUUGUUCACUCUUGGGCUGCAGAUCGUUUACGGCGCUGAAUGGCUGUUAUAUAUGGUCGGACAAGGCGUGCGGAUCCCGGUCAGGCCGUCCGGCUUGCGGAGACAGCUGGUUAACCUUUUCGCCUCCGCAGUUGAGAGCAAUGCCAAUUGUCUAUGGCGCGGAGAACUGGAGCGCAUUCUCGCGCGAGCGAUACUGCACAGGCAUACCUGUGAGUACAGACGUGUCACCCUAACGGAUGGCAUCUUGGGCGGAGGAGAUGGCUAG